AAAUCUGGAGUAUAUAACUGGAGAACACGAAAAUAAGAAGCAUCGUGUAAAAGCAAAGAGGUAUCUCUAUGAAUUCAAGAGUUUGGAACCAGAUUUAUUUUCAAUAUUAGAAUUCGGUUUUAAUCCGGUUCUAAACUCUAAUUUCAAUGAGUCUAACCCAAAGCCUUCUUCAGUAAAUUCGUUUUGGUUAUCGAUUUACAAAAGAAUUGAACUUGAGAAGUUAAGACAUACCGAAAGUACACUAUGUGCCAUAAAUAACGAAACAGAAGCAGUUCGUUCUAUUUCGUCCGUUGAAACCGAAUUUUUGUUAAACGAAAGAGACAAGAUGAUGCGAAUACGUGUUUUGAUAAAGGAGUUGACAAACGAAACCGUUGUAAAACUUCGGAGAAUAGGGCAGAGACACAGCAUAAGAAAUUGCCAAGAAUAUGCGUAUGGAUUCUGUACGCCUGAACGACAGAAUGCGUUGCAUGAUCGGUACCAUACACCAAAACAACAAGAAGAAAAGGAAGAAUGUUCAAUCUACGAAACUCAGUUUGUAUCUAAUCCUUUUGUUGCUGAGCUUUCGGUGAAUGAUGACAAUUUCAAUGAUUUACAUCCUAAAAUGAAGGCAAUGAAAGAGAAUAAGACUUGUCCUUGGCGUUUGAGUAAUGCAAACCGCAAAGAAAUUGAGGUUGUCUUUUUGUCAAUGAAGAAGAAAACAUGUGGUCGAAGAGGAAUUAUUUCAACUUGGUCUUGCGGAGCCCACUCCUUUGUUGUGGACGUGGAUGGCGAAUUAAUAAAACAGCAUUUUAGUGAAGCUGAAUGUCUAGAAAUGGCGAAUGCGGGUGUUCCGGUGGCACCACAGCUAUCACAAGACAUUAUAGAUUAUCUUAGUAAAUUUAAUGGCAAGAAAACACUAAAAGAAAUACGUAAGGCAAUUAAUGAAUUGAUGAAAGAUUGGAUAUCAAGUACGAUCAAGACGCUUACUACAUUAGAUUUGCGCUAUACCGAUACACACUGUAGCUGUCAUGUGUUGGCUGUCAUCGUUGACCAAGGUUUUGCGGAUUUGGAGGAGACAUCUAUUGUUCGUGGGAAAAGCACAAGCACCGCGAAUGCUGAGCGAAAUAAGAAUGCACAUAGGACUACAACAACUCGGCGAAAGAGUGGACACCGAGGAGAUUGGGUUUUGAGACGGAUUGGGAACGGUGAGUGUGAUGAAUGUGGUAUUGGCGAAGCGGGAAAGUACUGGUUUGACGAUCAUGGGACGAAGUUUCUGAAGGAAACAGUUGUGCAAGAAACUGCAAACAGUGGGAAUCAUCCAUGCGGGGACGAUGAUGAUGACAAUCCUAAUGGCUACGUGUACCGCAUCCGGCGCGGAGAUUUGAUGCAGGCUGUUGUUAGGGAAACUAUCAAAACAGUUCAAUCCAAACCUGCUCAGUCAAACGCGCAGGCAUCUGAAGUGUUUGUACAAGCAGGCAUAAAGAAGCGACCUCGAAAUAUGUAUGAAAUCCCAUCAUAUAUGUCAACGCCAAAAAAAAUCAGAGAUCAUAGCCAAACCGUACCGUCUAACUUCUUAUCAAUGCAGUUUAACGAUUCUGAGGAUUAG